CAGAAAACUCCUAUAAAACCCUUCUUCUCAGACCAACUGAGCACAGGACUUAACUGAAAACAUCUGAAGCAUCAGGAAGUUCUCAGUCACAAACAGAAAAAACUGCAAAGCAACAGAAACUGCAAGUGCAGCGUAACAGAAAAAUGCUUCGAAUUUUAAUUUGGAUCAGUAUCUUGGUAAUCAAUUCAGAUGCUGCUAAGAAAAUGAUUAUCAUUCCGCCACCAAGUACUGAGAUCUACACGGAUACGACAAUCUACUGCAGAGUUUCGGGAGGAGAAGCAGAAUUCCAAUGGUUCAAACCUAAUGGUGAAGAAAUUUCUGACAAUGAUGAUGAUCUUCGGGUAGAAACGGUGGAUGAAGAAACUUCUAAGCUGAUCAUUGCAAACAUACAAUUGAAACACAAUGGAGUGUACAAGUGCAAAAGCAUCUUUGAAGAUAACCAGGAGAAAGUCUCCUCUAUAUCAAUCAGUGUUACCAAGAAGAUCUCUAUAUCAAACACAGACACCUAUAAGGAAUUUCUAGAAGGAUCAAAUGCUGUACUUUCUUGCAAUGCGACUGGGAUUCCUGCUCCUGAUAUCAUCUGGCUGCAUGACAGACUUGAUGUGACCAAAAAAAAUGAUGACAGGAUCAAGGUCAUUGACAAUCGCUACCUUCAUAUAAACGGAAUUCGCAAGACGGACUCUGGGACUUACACUUGCAAAGCCCAAAUUAAACAGAGAAAUGAAGAACUGUCUAGGGAUUUCUCAGUUGUGGUUAAUGUACCACCCACUGCACAGAUUCAGAAGGAGAAAAACAUAAUUGCUGGACCCAACAAAAACCUGACCCUGAUUUGUUUGGUAAAUGGAAAUCCCAAACCUACAAUUACCUGGAAGAGGAAUGAAAAACCUCUGAUGAUGGACACUUCUAAAUAUUCAUUUAACUCUGACAAAAGUGAACUAAACAUUCGUGGAAUUGAGAAAAGUGAUGAAGGAAACUACACCUGUGUUGCAGUUAACACGCUUGGAGAGGCCAGUGAUAAAACAUGGCUGAACAUUUCAGUGAUGCCAAAGGUUAUGCUGAAUGAAACUGCAGUUGUUAUCCCAGGGCAAAACAUCAAUAUCUCCUGCAAAGCAACAGGUGAUCCUUUGCCAACCAUCAUUUUUUCCAGGAAUGGUAAAACUUUGAAAUCAGAUGAAAAGAAAAAUGCAGAUGGGACCACCAUUGCCAGCUUUCCUAUCAAAAACAUGAACCCAAGUGAUGGUGGAGCUUACACAUGUUCUGCUACUAGCCCGGCUGGAAGAGAUUCAAAAACAAUCCAAGUGAUUACUAUUCCUUCUACUCCUGUUAAUGUCAUGGUCAUUCCUGGACCAGCUUCUCUAAAAAUAAAUUUUUCUGGCCUUUUGGAUGGGGGUGCACCAAUUAUCAGCUACACUUUGCAGUGGAGACACAAGGGACGGAACGACUGGGACAGCACAACUGUGAAAGCCGCAGAACCAUUGCGAAUCUCUGGAUUGAAGUCAUAUGAAAAAUAUGAAGUUAGAGUGUCAGCCAGUAACACUGCUGGGCAAAGCAAAUUCUCAGAAAUCAUGACAGCACAGACGAAGGCACUGCAAGGGGAACCAGACAAGCCUGUGUUUUCUUCUGAGGGCACAGUUGAAGGAAACUCUUACAAUAUUUCAUUUCAGCAACUAGAAGAUGGGGGAGUUCCCAUUCAGCAUUAUAUUGUUCGCUAUCACGCAGUAUCAGGAAAUGAGGAUGUGAAGGAGCUGAGGUUAGACCCUGAAGCUAAAUUUGUCAUCCUUGAAGACCUCGAAUGGAACACAGAAUAUGAAGUGGAAAUCAGGGCUGUCAAUAACCGAGGGGAAUCCAAGCCAUCAAUUUACAACUUCAACAUGCCACAAGAAUUGAAAGCUGUAUCUCAAAAGAAAGGCUUGGGCAUUGGGGGCAUUGUGGCCAUUGUCAUGGUCAUACUUCUAGUGUUGCUUAUUGCUGUGGACACAGCGUGUUACUACACCAAUCACUGCGGGAUGAUGAUGUGCAUUGCUGUCAAUGUUUUUGGAAAGAGACCACCAGGAGCCAAACAGCAUGACUUUGAAGGAAGCAGCAGAUUCACAAAUGAAGUGAAGUUACAAGGGCUAAAUUUGCCACGGGGAAGUGUCUCGAAACAGCUGAAUGGGGCACAGUGUGAGAUGACAUGUGACAAGGCUCCUCUCACCCAAUUUGAAAAACUGCCACACAAAGGAGAAAAUGGAUCCUCUUCCUUCACCGAGGCCUGACACUACAAAAGCACUUCAGUCUAAAUAGUGAACACAUAUCAUUUUUGGAUAAACCAAGCAGCUGCUGAACUAACUAUUGAAUUGAAAUGACCCUGGAUCAGAAGAUAAAUGGCAUGCAUAGUCACAAUAUAUAAAAGAAAAAAAAUGAAAUGGAUUUUUCAUGCAAAAAUUGAAUACAAAUGAAGAAAAGUAAAGGGAUGUGGAUUUUCAAAGAAAUUAGAUCUAAAAACCAGAGGCAGUGUAAUUUUACACUGCAAUACUAUUAUUAAAAGACUCAAAUAUUAUUUCUUUAAUAUGAAUUGUGACAUUACUUUUUUUAACCUGUAGAGUGGGAAUAGCAGUUCCUUAUCUUGCAUAUCAUACAGUAAUUACAAAUGUAAAUACUUGUAAAUAUACUGUAUAACAAUAUAUACUGUAAUGUUUGUGCCAUUUAAGCAUGUUAUUUUUCCCACACAUUUCCUCCUAUUUUGUCUGUUUUUGUAACCUAUUUAUAAUUCUGUAUAUACAUAUAUAUAUAUUUAGUUUUUUUUCUGUUGUUUUCUAAAACCUGUCAUAUUUAGAUUAGAGAGAAGAUCCAAUAGAAGUUAUGCUUCUUUAAUUGCACUGAUAAAAUGCAGGACUGGUUGAUACUGCAGUGCUGCAAAUGAAGUUGGAUUCUUAAUUUUGGCAGCUAUUUUUUAUAUGCUGUGUAAAUAAUUGCUUUAAUAGUAAAGAAACUCAAGCACUAACCUGAAAUUUAUAGAGAUGGAAUUUUUUAUAGAUUUCUAAGUGAAAAGUAAUUAAAAAAAAGAAAAUGUAAGAUAAUAAACAUUUUUGUACUAAAUACAUUUUA